CUCGGGGCCCCACGGCCGCUUGGCCGCCUCUGAAGCGUGGGGGCCCGAGAGAGCACUAGCUGGGAGUGGAUGGGGCUGGGGCCGGCGCGUUCGUCCCGCCCUGUCUGAAGUUAGGAAACUUUUUUUUUCUCCCCCAAGUUUGGGGUGGCGGAGUUCCGGGGGAGAGAAGGGACCCGGGGAGGCUGCGGAGGGAGGCGCCGGGUGCGCGAAUGUCGGGCCGGGGCCGGGGCCGGAACGCGGGGUGGGGCGCAGGCCAGGGUCAGGGCCACAGCCGGCUGCGCGCCGCCGUGCCCGCCCGGGGCGCUGCCCCCUCCCUCCCCUGGGAGCUGCGUGGCUCCCCCCUCCCCCCCACCUGCUUCCUGCCUCAGCCUCCUGCCCCGAUAUAACGCCCUCCCCGCGCCGCGGCCGGGCCUUCGCGCUCUGCCCGCCACGGCGGCCGCUGCCUCCUCUCCCCGCCCCGCGGCCACUGCCCGGGGUGGGGGCUCCCGGCCAGGGUCCUGACAGCCCCCCGGCCGGGGCGGCGCCGCGGCGGGCCCCUGCGCUCCCGUGCUCCGUGUCACUUCCCCCAGCUGGGCCCACUUCUCCCGAGGCGGGGAGGCGCUUCUCCCCUCGGCUCCCCUUCUCCCCACUUAAGCAAACUUCUCGGCCCUGAAUGACUUUUCCUGAAGCGGACAUUUUACUUAAACCGGGAGAGUGUGCUGGGCAGACGAUGCUGGACACGAUGGAGGCGCCCGGCCACUCGAGGCAGCUGCUGCUGCAGCUCAACAGCCAGCGCACCAAGGGCUUCUUGUGCGACGUGAUCAUCGUGGUGCAGAACGCCCUCUUCCGCGCGCACAAGAACGUGCUGGCGGCCAGCAGCGCCUACCUCAAGUCCCUGGUGGUGCACGACAACCUGCUCAACCUGGACCAUGACAUGGUGAGCCCGGCCGUCUUCCGCCUCGUGCUGGACUUCAUCUACACCGGCCGCCUGGCCGACGGCGCCGAGGCGGCAGCUGCGGCUGCCGUGGCCCCCGGGGCCGAGCCGAGCCUGGGCGCCGUGCUGGCCGCCGCCAGCUACCUGCAGAUCCCCGACCUCGUGGCGCUGUGCAAGAAGCGCCUGAAGCGCCACGGCAAGUAUUGCCACCUGCGGGGCGGCGGCAGCGGCGGCGGCGGCUACGCGCCCUACGGCCGGCCCGGCCGGGGCCUGAGGGCCGCCACGCCCGUCAUCCAGGCCUGCUACUCGUCGCCGGUCGGGCCUCCGCCGCCGCCCCCGCCGCCCUCCGCCGCAGCCGCCGCCUCCGAGCCGUCGCCGGGCCCCGAGGCCGGGGUCAACACGCACUGCGCCGAGCUGUACGCCUCGGGGCCCGGCCCCGCCGCCGCCGCCCUCUGCGCCCCGGAGCGGCGCUGCUCCCCGCUCUGCGGCCUGGACCUGUCCAAGAAGAGCCCGCCCGGCUCCACGGGGCCCGAGCGGCCGCUGGGCGAGCGCGAGCUGCCCCCGCGCCCGGACAGCCCGCCCAGCGCCGGCCCCGCCGCCUACAAGGAGCCGCCGCUCGGCCUGCCGCCGCUGCCGCCGCUGGCCUUCCAGAAACUGGAGGAGGCCGCGGCGCCCCCGGACCCGUUCCGCGGCGGCGCCAGCCCGGGACCCGAGCCCCCCGGCCGCCCCGACGGCUCCAGCCUCCUCUACCGCUGGAUGAAGCACGAGCCGGGCCUGGGCAGCUACGGCGACGACCUGCUGCGGGAGCGCGGUGGCUCUCCGGGCGAGCGCUGCGAGGAGCGCGACGGGGCCGCCUCGCCCGCGGGGCCCCCGCUCGGCCUGGUGCCGCCGCGCUACCCGGGCAGCCUGGACGGGCCGGGCCCCGGCGGCGACGGCGACGACUACAAGAGCAGCAGCGAGGAGACGGGCAGCAGCGAGGACCCCAGCCCGCCCGGCGGCCACCUCGAGGGCUACCCGUGCCCGCACCUGGCCUACGGCGAGCCCGAGAGCUUCGGGGACAACCUGUACGUGUGCAUCCCGUGCGGCAAGGGCUUCCCCAGCUCGGAGCAGCUGAACGCGCACGUGGAGGCGCACGUGGAGGAAGAGGAGGCGCUGUACGGCAGGGCCGAGGCGGCCGAGGUGGCCGCGGGGGCGGCGGGCCUCGGGCCCCCCUACGGCGGCGGCGGGGACAAGGUCCCCGGGGCUCCGGGCGGCCUGGGGGAGCUGCUGCGGCCCUACCGCUGCGCGUCCUGCGACAAGAGCUACAAGGACCCGGCCACGCUGCGGCAGCACGAGAAGACGCACUGGCUGACCCGGCCCUACCCCUGCACCAUCUGCGGGAAGAAGUUCACGCAGCGUGGGACCAUGACGCGCCACAUGCGCAGCCACCUGGGCCUCAAGCCCUUCGCGUGCGAUGCGUGCGGCAUGCGCUUCACGCGCCAGUACCGCCUCACCGAGCACAUGCGCAUCCACUCGGGCGAGAAGCCCUACGAGUGCCAGGUGUGCGGGGGCAAGUUCGCACAGCAGCGCAACCUCAUCAGCCACAUGAAGAUGCACGCCGUGGGCGGCGCGGCGGGCGCGGCGGGCGCCCUGGCCGGCCUGGGCGCGCUGCCCGGCGUGCCCGGCCCCGACGGCAAGGGCAAGCUCGACUUCCCCGAGGGCGUCUUCGCCGUGGCCCGCCUCACGGCCGAGCAGCUGAGCCUCAAGCAGCAGGACAAGGCGGCCGCGGCCGAGCUGCUGGCGCAGACCACGCACUUCCUGCACGACCCCAAGGUGGCGCUCGAGAGCCUCUACCCGCUGGCCAAGUUCACGGCCGAGCUGGGCCUCAGCCCGGACAAGGCGGCGGAGGUGCUGAGCCAGGGCGCGCACCUGGCCGCGGGACCUGACGGUCGCACCAUCGACCGCUUCUCCCCCACCUAGAGCGCCCCAGCUCAGACCCCGGGGGCGGCGGCUGCGGCGGGCACACCGCGCCCGGGACACCGCAGUGGCGGCCCCACCUCGCUGCGGCCCCACCUGGCCUCACCGCUUCGUGCCUUAGCCCCGGGGUGGGGGUGGGGGAGAAACCCCCGGGACGGGGGUCGGGGGGGAUGGGGAAGGGGAGAUUUAUAUUUUUGAUAUCAGCUUUGACCAAAGGAGACCCCCUGGCCUCUCCCCGCCUCUUCCUGUGGUUCGUUGGCCCCCUGGCACCCCCACCCCCGGCUCCGUGCUGCUGCUGGGGGAGGGGCGUCACCCGGGGCGCUCCUAGCCCUACCUCCGGCCCUUGCGACCACACCCAUUCUCACUGUGAAUCUCCCCGCUGGGGUCGGAGCGUCGGGCAGAGUCGGGAGUGGGGGAGGGGACUGAGCCGGCCGGAGGGCCCCCCGCCCCCCACGGGACUGAUAAUGUGAAGUUCCUCAUUUUGCACAAGUGGCACUAGCUCCAGGGCCAACCUUUAAACCCUGCAGGACCACCAGGGGCCGGGCGCUCUGGAGUCUGGGCUGUUGGCCAGCCCAGGUCCACCGGGCCUCCCAGUCCCGUGGGGUCGCUGCCGUCCCUUCCCUGGGGUCCCGGACCAUAUUUAUUGCAUGCGCCCCGGUGGCUCCCCAUGCCGAGCCCGGGCCGGGCCGGAAGGCGGUCUCUAGCUCCCUCCCGUUUGUAUAGUUCCCACCUUGUACACAGGCUCUCUGAGCCGCUUCCAUUUUCUAUACUCGAACCAAACAGCAAUAAAGCAAUAACCAAGGA